UUAGCUGGCUUUAGAAGCUUACAUACUCAAGAAGUAGAUGAUGAAGAUCUAUGGAGAAUCGCACAUUUAUACUAUAAAUUAGAAUAUUUAAAUAUUACCUUUCGUACAGAGAUUAAUAAACAUUCAAUUUGCGGUAUUAUUCGUUCCUCUCCAAAGCUCCAGCAUCUUGACUUUACCUUUUGUGAAAUUACUGAUAUAACAAUCAAAGAAAUUGCUAGUUCAUGUCUUAAUUUAAAAUAUCUCGAUCUGAAAGGAUGCGAAAAUAUUAGCAAAGAGGCUGUAGAUCAGCUCAUUUUACUUAUUUCAAAUAUUCAUAUCAAGAAUUUCUAG